AUGAACGCUAAAGGAAAAAACCAACAACAACGGCGCACAAACAUCUGUCUUGGAACAGAUCACUUGCCACUCGUAACUUCUUAUUACAAGGAUUAUGUGGAAGGGAAAGAUGUAUAUGAUAUGAAAAAUGCAAAGGCCACAAUAGCCACGCCGCCGGAGACGGCACAGAUAGGAAACUGUUCGUCAUUUCAGAUUCUACCAGAAGGGUCGCUCCCGCCACCGGACGCAACAACUAACCGUUUAGAUUUUACACAUCCAGGCAUCAACCAAUGCACAGCUGUUUAUAAAAGUCGCUUGGCUGACCUAAGCUCCAAUAGAAACACUCUACAACGUAACUCCGUCAUUUUCGGACCGUGUGCAGAAACCGAUCCUUUCCAGUCGUGUGCCAUGUCGGCCUACAAGCACCCGCUUGAAAACCAAAGAAUUAUGAUGCAGCGAUAUGAAGAAAUGGAAAUUCUUGGCUCUCAAAAAUUACCAUUUUAAAGUGGAAUAUAAUUGGAAAAUUCGCUAUUGUAACAGGCCUAACUUGGAGCUAUCUAGCAUAGUACCAAUUUACUUAACAUGUUCAGUUUUAUUUAACAAUGAUAAAUAACUGAAAAUAAAAUGUGUACAAUGCAUAUUGAUAUGGUAAAUGGUAAAUGAUAUGUUUAUUUUUUUUUCUUCAUAUUAAGAGUAUACAAAACACAAGGACAGAUAUAGAUGAGAUAAGAUAGUAUAUCAUAGGCUUUAAUGUCACAUUUAUGAAGUACCGUAAACGACGAA